AAUCCGGAAGUAGAGUGUACAAUUCGGCGUUGGUGUUCAAUGAAAAAUAACGUCAAGAGCCAGUGAAACAGACACGGGCUUGGACGGAAUCGGUAAGAGAGCAGUGGUGAAGGGGAUGAUGAUUAUCAUCAUCAUCGCAAAUUCAUCUCGGUGAAUUAUUUUGUUGAUAUUAAAAAAUAAAAAACCAUCUAGCUAAAUGGCGGAUUCGAGGUAGUGAGGGGUGAUAGAGCGGAAAAUGGGAACUGGACAUACAGUGAGGUACUGACACCGGUGUGAAAAACGGGAGAGGAAGAAAAGUGAGAGUGGAGACCAGUCAUCAUAUCAAUGCUGCUUUCCAGAAAGCAGACAACACGUCCCACAUGGAAAAUGACAAAAAGGUGACGUGGAAAUUGUACUCAUGCUUAGUUGGGGUGAUGUCCGAGGGAUAACGGCAAGGACCCUCAGCCCUUCCACCCCAAUGUGACCCUGUUUCUUCCUUUUUAUUUUAUCACCUCUCUCCUCUCCCCAUUUUUAUUUUAUUAUUUUAUUUUUUUACUUUCCUGUUUUUCUCAAUUUCCCCUUGAGCCAACUCACUCUCUUGUUCCUCUGUUUCAUGGAGGACAGCCAAGCCGAUAACAACAAAGCACGUCUCCAUCUCCGUCUAGCAAUAGAGGUUCUGGAUCGUUCUCCUGUGGUGUUAUUGAUCACACAAUGAUUGGAUGAGAAGUAAGGAUCUUAUGAUUGGACCUCAGUUCUCUCCACCCCUAUUGGACAACGUUUUUUUUUUUUUCUCAUCUUUGUGUUUUUGUUUGGACCCUAUUGGCUGUUUGUCACUUCAACACUGUCCCACCUCAACUGUUAUCUUUUCCUCACUGUAGUCCAUCCUCUGAUGUCAUUGGGCCAUGGUUCGCAAGAGAGGCUCCCUUAUCUUGUGUGGAGCUUUCCUAUUCGUCGCCUGCAAUGGCUUGCUUCUCCUGUUCCUUUGGGGACGAACUCCCAUUGGUCGCUUUGGGGAAGGGGGCGGGGCUGAACCAGGGGGGCGGGAAGAGUGGGGCGUGGCCAAAACAAAAGGGGGUGGGACUAAUCUGGCAGGCGAGGUGAUCCGAUUGGCCGAAGAGGUAGAAUCGGAACUCGAGACCCAGAAGGAACUUCUGAAGCAGAUUCAGAGUCACAGGUCACUGUGGGAAAAGAGGAGAGGGAUGGGAAGAAGACAGACGGAUGGAGGGAAGGUAGAAAAUAAAGAGAAGGAACACAAACCGCCGCCACAGUUGUCUGCAGUACCUCCAAAGGACGAUUCAGAGAACAAGGACCAAAGUCCAGAGGAAAAUACACCGGAAUUGAUCAUUACAGCAGUCCGAGACUCUAAAGGAGACACACAACUGGACAAUGAAAUAAAAGAGCUGACCGACUACACCAAAUUGAAUGUUACUGUCAUCAGCCCACAAGUUGUCAUUCCCAUAUUGGUCAUCGCCUGUGACAGGGUGACCGUGAAAAGGAGUCUUGACAAGUUGAUCCAAUACCGCCCCUCUGCAGAACUCUACCCAAUCAUAGUUAGUCAGGACUGUGGCCAUGCUGAGACUGCCCAAGUGAUUGGCUCAUAUGGCAGUCAGGUGGCCCACAUUAGCCAACCAGACCUCUCGGUCAUCCGGGUACGGCCGGAGCACAGGAAGUUCCAGGGCUACUAUAAGAUUGCCAGACACUACCGCUGGGCCCUCAACCAGGUGUUCAACACACUCUCUCACUCCACCGUGGUGAUCGUGGAAGAUGACUUGGAGGUUGCCCCAGACUUCUUUGAGUACUUCCGUGCCCUUCACCCCAUCUUGACCUCUGACCCCACCCUGUGGUGUGCGUCUGCCUGGAACGACAAUGGCCGGGAGGGACUGGUGGACCCUGGGAAGGCGGACCUCCUCUACAGGACAGACUUCUUCCCUGGGCUGGGCUGGAUGCUGCUGAAGGACAUCUGGGCAGAACUAGAACCCAAGUGGCCCACAGCCUUCUGGGACGACUGGAUGCGUCACCCCGAGCAGCGUAAAGAGCGCUCCUGCAUCCGCCCAGAGAUCUCCAGAACUAUGACCUUCGGACGCAAGGGUGUCAGCUUGGGUCAGUUCUUUGACCAGUAUCUGCGUUAUAUUAAACUCAACACUGACUUUGUGCCUUUCACCAAACAGGAUCUGUCUUACUUGAUGAAGGAGAACUUUGACGUCAACUUUGUGAAGCAGGUUUACAGCGCCCCUCUGAUUAAGGUGGAGGAGCUACAACAAGGGGGUGGUUUGACGGGAACUGGUCCGUACCGGGUGCAAUAUUCCAGCCGGGACAAUUUUAAGGUUCUGGCCCGUAACUUAGGGGUGAUGGAUGACUUGAAAUCGGGGGUUCCCCGUGCGGGUUACAGGGGUGUGGUUAGCUUCCUAUCCCGUGGACGACGGGUCUUCUUGACCCCACCUGAGGGAUGGACAAAGUACGACGUCAGCUGGAGCUGAGAGGUUUGAACAGGACUUAUUGUGAAUGUUAUCGAAGACAGACUCGACAGAGAGGAACACCUUCUCUAACCAAAGAAAACAAAAACAAGGUAACAUGAAGGAGCGGAAGCUAAACAGACAGGUGUGGGAAGGGAUAUGUGAUAGAGUGAGGCACAGUGUGACACAGGGCAACACCCAGGCAGUGAAACCACAGCACGUCUCACAGAAAUUACGAACCAUUUAAUGCUUGGUUGUUCUCCUGCUAGAGCUGGAAUGCUUUAUGGUGGGGGUGUCGAACUCAUUCCAUGGAGGGCUUAGUGUCUGUUUUUUUAUUAUUUUAAUUAAGACCUAGACAACCAGGUGAGGGGAGUUCCUUACUGAGACCUAGACGACCAGGUGAGGGGAGUUCCUUACUGAGAC